GGUUUAGUAGGCCUCGUUGUAAAAAAAACCACUCAAUUAAAUAAUGAAAAUUAGUUAAAAUUAUCCAAUGAAGAGCAUGUCAUUGUGUUUCCAAUUUUUUCCUGUGAUUUAGGUUUUGAGUGCUUAAAACUAUAAUUUUGUGUAACAUUUAUCUCAAUUCCUUAAACCCUAAAGCCCUAAUAAUGGUAAUAAAAAAAAAGCCCUAAUGCUCCGUGAGGAGGCUCAUUUUGACGGCCCAAAGGCCUAAAAGAAACCGCGCAAGUCCAAUAGCUUUCCUACAGUUAUUUCGCUCGUUGGCCAACCCGAGGGACUGAACUCCCAUGACCCAUCACUCCUUUGCUCCAAAACUUAAAAAUGUCGUCUCUCGCCCGCGUCCUCCGCCGCGCCUACUGCACAGCCACAACGACCGCCGCCACCACGACCACAACAGCCGCUGCCGUCGAGCCCAGCCUCAAAGCACUCUCCGAGAGCCUCUACAAAGAGCGCAGCCUCAAGCGCCUUGUACAAAAGUUCAAGAAGAGCUCGGUAGACCCGCGCUUCCGCACCAAGAUCGGCAUUUACGAAGACGUCAUCCACCGCCUGGCCUCCGCGAAAUGCUUCAACUGGAUCGAGGAGGUUCUCGAGGACCAGAAGCGGUUCAAGGAUAUCUCCAAGGAAGGUUUCAACGCCCGCCUGAUCUCUCUCUACGGUAAGGCCGGGAUGCUCCAGCAGGCACAGCAGGUGUUCGACGAAAUGCCCAGCAGAAACUGCAAGCAGACUGGGCUGUCCUUCAACGCCCUUCUCGCGGCGUGUUUGAAUUCCAAGAAGCUGGAGAAGGUCGACGAGUUGUUCAAGGAGUUGCCGAAGAAGCUUGAGAUUCAGCCCGAUGUUGUCUCCUACAAUACCCUGAUGAAGGCCUAUUGCCAGGUGAUGGGUUCCAUCGACUCGGGAGUGAAGCUGCUUGAUGAAAUGGAAGCCAAAGGUUUGGUGCCUAAUCUGAUUACUUACAAUACACUUUUAAGUGGGCUUUAUACAGAUGGGAGACUCGAGGAUGGGGAUAGAGUCUGGGAGAAAAUGGUGGGGAAAGAAGUUUCUCCUGAUGUUAGAACCUACAAUGCCAAGUUGCUUGGGUUGUCUUCAAUGAAGAGAACGAAAGAAGCAGUCGAGUUACUUGAAGAGAUGAAGACCAAGGAAUUCAAACCUGAUGCCGUUAGUUUUGGUCUCCUGAUCAAAGGGUUUAUAAAGGAGGGAAAUUUGGAGGAAGUGAAGCGAAUGUACGCAGAAAUGCAGGAAGCUGGGUUCAAACCCGACAGGUUUGGUUUCGCAAGGCUGGUUUCUUUUGCUUAUGAGAAGGGUGAUGUGGGUUUUGCUUCGGAAGUUGCUAAAGACAUUUUCAAGGCGAAGAGGCUAGUUGAAGAGAAGCUGUUGCAGCGAGUGGUGGACUGUUUAGCCAAGAAGUCGAAGCGCGAGGAAGCAGAGGAGGUUGUGCAGCUUGGAAACAACUGUGGUUACUUUCAUUAUAAACUGAAGGUGCCAACAGAGGAGUAAGCCAACUGGAGGUUUGGUUUAGACGGGUAUGUUUCAUUUGGAGCUGCAACUGAAGGAGCCCAUGAAAAUAGUUUGUUUCUGCAAAGCGUUAUGCUGUUAUUGUCAAUGCUUCUACUCCCCAUUUUCCCAAUGUUCAUCUACUGUCGAAACAAAGCUCCUUGUCGCCAUUUCUUCGGCUCAGCAACGAGAGCUCUAACUGUGAUUCAUUCCCACUGGAGUUACAACAGGAUUAGCAUUCCUUAUUCGAGGUGGAUUACUGUUGUUUAUGCCAACCAGGGUUGAUCAAGUUCUUUUUUAUUUCAUUUUUUAACAACGAUUUCCUUGUAUUAUAACGCAGAAGCCUAACAUUGCCUUGUUGGGCAAUGAAUCAAACCUUACCCCUACUGCAAGAGACCAUAAAAUGAGCAAUUCAUUAAGCCAAAGUAGCUGCAGGGGGUGAGAGGAAAUAGGAUGAUUCACUUCUGUAACAGAGUAUAGCACAUUCUGAUCAAAAUUAUGGUUAGGCAUCGAGACCGCAACGAGAACUAUCGAUUCAGGCACAAUUUCCUUGAGGAUAAUUGAGAACUAGCCAAUCCAUUAAUAGUCUUACCAUGGAAUCGAAAAUAAUAACUAUAUAGCUCAACAACUAUGAAUUGAAUAAUAUCUUUGAAACAUU